UUUUACUUUCCCACUCGGCUUCUUAAUAGUAUAUACAUCACAGUAGACACGACGUGAAAACGAACUGUUUCAACCUCUCCAUACCUCUUUUCCCCUUUCCGUUUCUCUUUUCUCUUUUUUUUUUACCCGCAUACCCUCUCCCUAUUUCGUUCACUCACUCUUUUUAUAAACAAAAGAAGUGGAACCAACAUACCACGUUCUACACACUUGUUUAGCGAUCGGCAAUGGGUGCCGUCUGCUGUUCUUCGAGCAUCGAUUUCGCUAAUGAAGAGGUCCAACUCAAUCACUUUUACCUCAUGCGCGCCAUUGGCAAGGGCGCGUUCGGCAAAGUCAGAAUCGUGCGACACAAAGAGUCAGGCAAAGAAUUUGCACUCAAAUACAUUAGCAAAGAAAGGUGCAUUCAACGCAAAUCGAUCGGCAACAUAAUCAGUGAGCGACGAUUACUCGAACGGAUCGAUUACCCGCUCAUUGUAAACUUGCGGUAUGCAUUCCAAGAUGACGAAACGCUGUUUAUGGCUCUCGAUUUGAAGCUCGGUGGUGACCUGCGGUUCUUAUUAGAACGAAUGCGGACACUAAGUGAGCUUCAAGUGCGCCACUACGUCGCCCAAAUCGCGCUUUCUUUGAAUUAUCUCCACAAACGACGGAUUGCUCAUCGAGAUAUCAAGCCCGACAAUGUCUUGCUCGACGAACGCGGCCACGCGCAUUUAUCCGAUUUCAACGUGGCUGUGUCAUUCUCGGAUAAGAAGCCUCUCAGAUGGUCGACGGCAGGUACCUUAGCUUAUAUGGCACCCGAGCUUGUGGGCAAGCAAGGGUACUCGACUUCAAUCGAUUGGUGGAGUCUCGGCGUCCUUGCGUAUGAAUUAUUGUUUGGUAAGCGGCCAUUCAAGGGCAAGUCAAAUGAUCAAACGAUGGAUUCCAUACUGCACGAUCCGUUACAGUUCCCUGAAAACGUGUAUCAGAUCGUAUCAGAAGACUGUGUGAAUGUACUUUCAGGGUUACUCGAGAAAUCGCCCAUUCGUAGGCUUGGUGCCGAAAGCUUCCGAAACUUUAAAAGCCAUCGUUGGUUUGCUGGCUUGGACUGGGACGCAUUGGAAAUGAAAACCGCUGUGCCGCCCUUUAUCCCCGAUUCCAAAAGUUUGAACUUUGAUGCAGUCCAUGAAAUCGAGGAAAUCUUACUGGAAGAACCACCUUUGCGUACGGUUCGACGUGGAAGAAGCACUCAAUCAGAGCAUCAUCCUGUCACCGAGGAAGCUCAAUGGCGCCAGAUGUUAGAGGAUCGCUUCCUGUCUUUCGAUUAUCGAAAACGUCGUAUGGCUGAGGAACGUAUCAAUCAUCCAUAUAAUCGAGGCUACAUGGUGGUAUCAUCUACAUCAACCACAAUGGAAGACGAUGAAGAUGAGGAUACGACACUACGCAAAACAUAAAACGAAAGAAUACCCCCACCUCCUUGUACGGUUAAUGCAGCCCAACUGUUGCUAUAUCAUCCUCAUACACACACUCACAUAUUACAUUUUUCCACAUUUAUCAAUUCAUACCAAAGAUCAACAUCAGCUCUGUUUACACUCAUUUUCUGAGAAAAAAACACGUAUAAUAUAAAAAUAUAUAUAAAAUAUUGCAGAAAGAAAAACUAU